AUGGCUCGCACCAAUAAAAGGAAACCACUUGCUUGGCUCUGCUUUGCGUCAACCGGCGAAUCGCACAACGAUUGUGUUAAUGAACCGUUCCAGAAUGAUGCCGGAAUCUGGAUUGGAUUUCGCAACAGCCCGGAUGAAAGCUACAAGGAAGCCAUGACGUUCCGCGAGGUCCUGGCUCAGGCAGAACAAAAUCUAAUCAAGGCCCAUCAAGCAAAGUCGGGCAGUGAGAGAGCCGAAUGGCUCGAAGAAUUUCCUGGAGUAACAACAAAGGUCAAACAAGACAUUGUCGAACAGCUGCAGCUUGGCGAGCGCGUAUUCGAGAAAGCACACUGUCAGCAUGCAGCGUGUAAGAAAGUUUCCGAGCCUUUGCAGAUGGAGUGGUUGUCCAUCACAUACAGGGCUCCAGAGGCCACGCAAAGCACACAGGGCUUCAUCGCUGGAUUCGUCUUUAAUCUUCGAGGUCAGGAGAUGAUCGUAAUUUGCCGCAAUUACCACCUUGCCCUGUACCGCUUCCAAAGGCAAGAUGGAAUCGUGUCGCCCGACAUGGCUCUCGGCACGGCUGCCGAUGAAAAACAUACCAAGGCCAAGUCUCUCAACCCUGUGGCUACAGCCUCGCAUGAGAAUAAGUCUCGUCGACAGUCACGUAGACUCCAGGCUUCUCGCUCGCACAUGGACGAGGGCCCGGUGGCUGGCUCCCAAUACGGCGCUGGAGAGGGGCCUGCUGAAGCAUCCCCUGCCGCAUCAACCACCCACGAUGUGGACAUGCUUGAAGGAAGCAUGCCCUCCACAGACGACACAGGCGAGGUAGAAGCAGAGGAAGAGUUACAAUCUCCUGAUGCAUCGACAACCCACGAUGUCGACAUGCUCGAAGCCAGUAUGCCCGACACAGGCAACACGGAAGCAGAUGAAGAGGUGCAAUCUUUUGACGUCUUUGCCCCUGGCUCCACCAGGGAUGAGUACGAGGCAAUCAUUGUGCAAAUCACCUACACGUAUGGCGUCAGGAUAUUGACCGCUCCUCAUGUCAGCGCCUAUGUCGGGCUUCUGGGUGAAGCCGCCCGACAAGACAACAGACUUGCGUUGUGCCAGGCUUUUGGAAGACUGCAGACAAUUCUUCUCAGAUCAGGAAAUUCUGCCGCUGCCGAUGUCCUGGAUGAAGAGUACGAAGAGAUGGUCUCGAGCGCCGUUCUCGAUCAUGGAAUGGAAGUCCUCAGUACGACAGAAGGUAAGGCUUUCAUGGGGAAUAUGGGAAGGGCCAUGGUUGAAGGCCGAAGAGAAGGCCUGUGUGAAGCAUAUGCAGCACUAAGAACAUGCAUGGCUGCUUACGGACGUCGUUCAGAACUCGAGGAUGAAUAUUAGGCGCUAGGCGCUAGGCUCGAGGGAGAUCACUGCAGAUAAGCCUGGGCAGUAGUAGUCUAGGAGACCUUAAGACU